AUGGAGCCCCCGGCUGCCGCGGCGGGCUCGCCCGAGCCUGCGGCGGCGUCCUCUUCCUUCCAGGCCCGGCUCUGGAAGAACCUGCAGCUAGGGGUGGGCAAGAGCAAGGGCGGCUGGGGCGGGCGCGCGGGGGUACCCGAGCGCCGCACUGCGGACACCCCGUCGCCCUCCCCGCCACCCCCGGGGGGUAGGCGGGACGCACUGGCCGGCUUGGGUGGCGCGGGCAGCAGGUGGAGCGGCUUCAAGAAACGGAAGCAUGUGUUGGACCGCGUCUUUUCCUCCUCCCAGCCCAACCUGUGCUGCUCCUCGCCGGAGCCUCUCGAGCCCGAGGGUGCGAGCAGAGCGGAGCAGGGGUCCACGCUGCGCCGCCGGAUCCGCGAGCAUUUGCUUCCCGCGGGCAGGGGCCCGGUGGCAGCCGCCGGAGCAGCCGGAGUGACGCCUCCUGGCGGACGCUCUCCGGACUCAGCUUGCUCUUCGUCCUCUGCCUCAUCCUCCCUGUCCUCCUCACCCCAGCCGCCCCCGAGGGGGGACCGCGCCCGAGAUGAGGGUGCACGGCGUCGGGGCACCGCGGCGCACUUGUGCCAUCAGAAGAGUUCCUCCCUGCCGGGCACCGCCUGCUUGGAGCAGCUGCUGGAGCCGCCGCCGCCGCCUCGAGCUGAGCCAGCACGGAGCCGAGCAGAGCCGCGAACCACGAAGGGCGAGACGCGCGGCAGCAGACGGAAAAUAAAUACUGCUGGAACCAGUAAUACAGAUGUCCCCUUGGCUGUUCCCGGAAUGUACCAAUUGGACAUUACAUUAAGAAGGGGUCAGAGUUUAGCUGCCCGAGAUCGAGGAGGGACAAGUGAUCCAUACGUGAAGUUUAAAAUUGGAGGAAAAGAAGUUUUUAGAAGUAAAAUAAUACACAAGAGCCUCAAUCCUGUGUGGGAGGAGAAAGCUUGCCUUCUCGUUGAACAUCUUAAGGAACCAUUGUACAUAAAGGUAUUUGACUAUGACUUUGGACUACAGGAUGACUUUAUGGGCUCAGCCUUUCUGGAUCUCACACAAUUGGAAUUAAACAGGCCCACGGAUGUGACCGUCACACUGAAAGAUCCCCGCUAUCCUGACCAUGAUCUUGGAAUCAUUUUGCUCUCAGUCGUCCUUACCCCUAAGGAAGGAGAACACAGGGAUGUGAGUUCAAUCCACAGCUUUCUUCAUUGGAGGAUUUAUGAAAUAAAAACAAUGCUAAUGAGGAAGAGUUGGAAAAGAUCAAGUAAGGAACUCUCAGAAAACGAAGUGGUUGGAUCUUAUUUCUCUGUGAAGUCGUUCUUUUGGAGGUUUCAGACCCAAAGUUUACGUAUGUCAGACGUACACAGAAAACCACAUCUUUGGAGAGGUAUAGUCAGCAUCACAUUGAUUGAGGGGCGAGACCUCAAGGCGAUGGAUUCAAAUGGGUUGAGUGACCCCUAUGUGAAGUUCCGGCUUGGACAUCAGAAGUACAAGAGCAAGAUUAUGCCAAAAACUUUGAAUCCUCAGUGGAGAGAACAAUUUGAUUUUCAUCUCUAUGAAGAAAGAGGCGGAAUCAUUGAUAUCACUGCAUGGGACAGAGACGCUGGGAAAAGGGAUGACUUUAUUGGCAGGUGCCAGAUCGACCUGUCGGCUCUCAGUAGGGAACAGACACACAAGCUAGUGUUGCAGCUGGAGGAAGGGGAGGGGCACCUGGUGUUGCUGGUCACCCUGACAGCUUCGGCCACAGUCAGCAUCUCUGACCUCUCCAUCAACUCCCUGGAGGACCCGAAAGAACGCGAGGAAAUAUUAAAGAGAUAUAGCCCAUUGCGGAUAUUUCACAACCUGAAAGAUGUGGGAUUCCUCCAGGUGAAAGUGAUCAGAGCAGAAGGGUUAAUGGCCGCUGAUGUCACAGGUAAAAGUGACCCAUUUUGUGUGGUUGAACUGAACAAUGAUAGGCUGCUAACACACACUGUCUACAAAAAUCUCAAUCCUGAGUGGAACAAAGUCUUCACAUUCAACAUUAAAGAUAUCCAUUCAGUUCUUGAAGUGACAGUUUAUGAUGAAGAUCGGGAUCGAAGUGCUGACUUUCUGGGCAAAGUUGCUAUACCAUUGCUGUCCAUUCAAAAUGGUGAACAGAAAGCCUACGUCUUGAAAAACAAGCAGCUGACAGGGCCAACAAAGGGGGUCAUCUAUCUUGAAAUAGAUGUGAUUUUUAAUGCUGUGAAAGCCAGCUUACGAACAUUAAUACCCAAAGAACAGAAGUACAUUGAAGAGGAAAACAGACUCUCUAAACAGCUGCUACUAAGAAACUUUAUCAGAAUGAAGCGUUGUGUCAUGGUGCUCGUAAAUGCUGCAUACUACAUUAAUAGUUGCUUUGACUGGGAUUCACCCGCAAGGAGCCUCACUGCUUUUGUGCUCUUUCUCUUUGUUGUCUGGAACUUUGAGCUCUACAUGAUACCAAUGGUUUUGUUGUUACUAUUGACAUGGAACUACUUCUUGAUAAUAUCAGGGAAAGAUAACAGGCAACGGGAUACAGUAGUGGAGGACAUGCUAGAGGACGAGGAAGAAGAAGAUGACAAAGAUGACAAGGACAGCGAAAAAAAGGGAUUUAUAAAUAAAAUCUAUGCCAUCCAGGAAGUAUGUAUCAGUGUCCAGAACAUCCUAGAUGAAGUUGCUUCCUUUGGCGAAAGGAUAAAGAAUACUUUCAACUGGACCAUCCCAUUCUUAAGCUGGCUGGCCAUUGUAGCCCUCUGUGCGUUCACAGUCAUCCUGUACUUCAUUCCGCUGAGAUACAUUGUCCUUGUCUGGGGCAUCAAUAAAUUUACAAAAAAGCUGCGGAGUCCAUAUGCAAUUGAUAAUAAUGAACUACUUGACUUCCUUUCCAGAGUCCCUUCAGAUGUGCAAGUGGUGCAAUACCAAGAACUGAAACCAGAUCCUUCCCAUAGCCCAUGUAAAAGGAAGAAAAACAAUCUUGGCUAGCCAGCUCCCAGCACUGAGGAGACCAGCAUCUGUUUGGGAAGAUAAAAGGAAAAGCCUUCAGCCUGAGCCGCAUUUCCUUUCUUUCUGUUUUUUAUUUAUUUUGCCAUUUUACCAUGAUUGAGAGAAUUUGUAAAUAGUGUACAAAGGCAUAUGUCUUUGAAAAUAUACUUCCAUUGUACAGAAUCAAUUUGAUAAAGGUUUAGCUAUUGCUGCGUGAAAGCCUUGUUAGCUGUGGAUAAUAACACAUUGGAACAACAAAUGUAAGAAUGGUAACAUUGGGAGAUACACAUUUCUCUAAUUACAAGUGUAAGAACUAGAAUAUUAAAUGCUCAGCUGUGCUCUGAUUAAAUCUACAUAAAAUGUAAAUGUCAAUUUGAUUUUAAAGUUUUUUUUUAAUGUGACUAUUUUUUAUCUAAAAAGUAAUCCAUUACGGUUUUCUAUGUUUUAUACAUUUCAAAAGGGAGGAGGGAUCCCAGAACCUAAAUAAUGGAACAGAUGCAUUACAACUUAACAUAGAUUCGGAUCCUGAUAUUCAUUCCUGUGCAAAUUAUUUAGAUAUGACUAGGCUGACUUUAAGCUAAUGAGUGAAGGUAUAUUCACCUCCUCAAGAGAAUCUUCCACACACUGAAAUCCUACAAAGAAAAUUUCCGAAUCUUCUAUCAUUCCAUCUAAAACCUUAAAAUCUCUACAGGACUACACAAAAAAAUACUGCCAGGUUUAUAAAUGAUGAUUGCCUAUAAGGAUUUUUAUACCAAUCACUAUUAAUUUGUGCCAAAUUAGCAAAUUAGCAACCCAGUUCAGUUGUCAAAAAUCUAGCAAAUUAAAUCCACAUUGCUUUUGGUGUCAGAUUAUGCCUCUGUGCAUCUAAAAAUAUUUAAUACUCAAGUGUUCUCACAGAAAAAAAAAUGUAUCUACUUUCUUAUUAGGUUACUGAACUGCUUUAAUAUGCAUAUUAUGAUUUUUGUUAUUAGUGUGAAUUUUAACAUAGAGGAGAAUGCAGUGUGCUAAGUGAUAUGCCAGUGUUUCAUUACAUUCAUUUAUAGAAAAUAAAAUCAUUCUUGAAAAUAUGAAUGCAUGAAAACCUAUUUUGUAAAAUAAACUGCUUAUGGGGAGGGGGUUUGCCUUUGAAAAUGUUUCACUACUUACCAUAGCAUCUAUACUUAAAAAUUGCAUUCCCGACUCUCAUGUAGUUUUUGUACCUAACUUCCUGGUAUAUCAAGGGAGUAUACCUCUAGAGAGAGAGAAUCUGGUGAGAAUGUCUUACUUCCCUGACUUGGUAGGGGACUAAGCUUGGUUGAAAUUGCUGCAGUGUUUUGCACUACUUUAUUAACAAUGGACUGGGAUAGGGUGAAGGUGGGGGGUCAUGCUGGAAAAAUGUAGAAAAGCCAGAAGCGAGAAAUAUAUAUUUCACUCUAUAGGAAGAUUCUUUAAAAAUAAAUUUAAUCUCAUCAAAGUUGAUUUUUAAAGUAUUUUUAUUUUAAAGCUAUGUUGUUAAAUACUGUUUCUUAUGAUAAAACUAUUUUGAUCUGUUUAUACACUAUGCUUGAAAGAAUGUCAAUUAAAUUCCCUUUCUACAGAAAGGCUUUGACCUCAAUAUGCUCUAUUUAGCGCAUCAUGUUUAUAAUGACAUGCUUACAUCCGCAUACCAUCAUCGUUUAAGACAGACGUAAUACUUCAUGAAGUUGAUGUUGCUACGGGAAGUUUACUGAUGGAAUAAUUUGUUUGAAAUAACUUUUGAUUAUACUUUGUGUGAGAUUUGUGUUCUGUGCUGACAUUGUCUACUCAAAUGUCUACAAGCCUGAUAUUCUAACACCUCCGAUGUACCUAGUGGAUAGCAACCAUUAACAGAUGACUAAUUUCUGUUUCAUGCUAUCAAAUUUCAGAUGUUUAGUUCAAUGGUAAGGUUGACUAUUCACUGCAUUAAAUAAAAAAAUAAUCUUUUCUAAAAAUAAUCAGUACUUUUUUUUUGGUCUCAUAUAAAUAAUAUUUUACUUAAAGAAACCCAGGUUUGGUUUGGAAGAAAAAAGGCUUUCCCUGAAACCUUGUGUGCUGUAUAAAACGCAGCACCUUGCAGGGGUGAGUAUCCAGUGACACUCCUAGAGAAGUAAGAACUAUCUUGAGGCAUGAAAGUGAUAUUCAGGGGAAGCUUCGUUGCUUUUACAAACUACUGCACUCACAGACUGAAAACAAGAGACUGAAUAAUAGAACUUUAACCAGUUCUUUCUCCUUCUCACGAAGGCAAGAUUUUGCCUUUUGAAAGCUGCUUAACUUAAUUUGUUUCUGAGAGGUUUGUAAACACAUAAAUAUUUUAAGAUAUCUUAAGAGACUGGAAGUCACUCUAACACCUAUUUGGACUGCUAUAUACAGUAGUCAUAUGAACUACGAAAUAUAUUCCUCAAUAUCCUUUACUGAGUAAAUUCACUGAAGGUCAUUCAUUACCCAAACUACUAUUAUUGCCACUAAUUGUGGUAAUUUAUAAGAAAUGCAUAUUUAAAACUAUUUCCAUUUAUAAAAAGAACAUGGUAGUUCUUGUUUAUUUUGGUGCUGGUUCCACAGACUCAAAUUGAUAGGUGCUGUCUGGAUUCCAAAUUAAUUUUGAAUCAUUCUAUACACUAGGAUAAUCUGAAUCGAAAGAUUCUUUAAGUGACUUUGCUCUGUGAUAUAUUUAUUGAGUACCAACUAUAUGACUUGCCCUGUCAUAGGCAAUGGUCAAACCAAUGAUAGCAUAUUAAAAUCAAAUCUGGAGUUAAAGUAUAGUAAGAGCAAAUUUUAAUUGAUGUUUCUGAAAGUAUCUUUUAUAGAAUUUUAUUGUGUUAUUUAGAAGUGAAGAAAAAUUUAGUAGUAAGUUCUCUUAUCCAGGGACCAUAUUCCCAUUUUGAUCUCAAUAUCCAAAUGUCUCUAAAUGCUGAAAGGAAUCUACUUCUGUAUUAACAGGUCUUAUUCAAAGGCUUUAAUUUCAGUUUAUACACUAAAUAUACCUAAAUGUUUAUUUUUGAGUUUUGUAAUCAGCAUUAAAAACAAAUCAAAAUAUAAAAGGCAGUUGCUGUUCCAGAAAUGCAAGUAAAGAGAGCCACCAUUAUACUUCUUGCAAAAGCCUGUUUAUUAUUAAAUUAAUGCUUAAAUUCUGGGGCUUUAAAUGUCAAGCGUGAGUGUGUGUGUGUAUUUGUGUACAGAUGCCUAUUCAUUUGUUUGAUUAGUGUGUCUAGAAUCAGCCUUUUCUAAUUGCUUGGUCAAGUAUGA